AUGAGCGGACUACGCUUUCUUGAUUUAAUCAAGCCCUUCACGCCCCUCCUCCCGGAGGUGGCCGCGCCCGAAACCAACAAGGUGCCUUUCAACCAGAAGCUCAUGUGGACUGGGUUGACCUUGUUGAUCUUCUUGGUCAUGAGCCAGAUGCCUUUGUAUGGUAUCGUGUCCUCCGACACUUCUGAUCCUCUCUACUGGCUCCGUAUGAUGCUGGCCAGUAACCGUGGUACGUUGAUGGAGCUGGGUAUCACACCCAUUAUCUCCUCCGGAAUGGUCUUCCAGCUCCUGGCCGGAACUCACCUCAUCGAUGUCAACCUCGACCUCAAGACCGACCGGGAAUUGUACCAGACUGCCCAGAAACUCUUUGCCAUCAUUUUGUCCUUCGGCCAGGCCUGUGUCUACGUGCUCACUGGUCUCUAUGGCCAACCCAGUGAUCUCGGUGCUGGCAUCUGCGUUCUUUUGAUCGUCCAAUUGGUGGUGGCCGGUCUCGUUGUUAUUCUUCUCGACGAACUACUCCAGAAGGGUUACGGUCUUGGAAGCGGUAUCUCACUCUUCAUUGCCACCAACAUCUGCGAGUCCAUUGUCUGGAAGGCCUUCUCUCCCACCACCAUCAACACCGGUCGUGGCCCUGAAUUUGAGGGUGCCAUCAUUGCCCUCUUCCACUUGCUCUUGACCUGGCCCGACAAGCAGCGUGCCUUGCAAGAAGCAUUCUACCGUCAGAACCUUCCUAAUGUCAUGAACCUUUUGGCCACCCUUCUGGUUUUCGCUGCCGUUAUCUACCUUCAGGGUUUCCGCGUCGAAAUCCCCGUCAAGUCAUCUCGCCAGCGUGGUAUGCGCGGAUCUUACCCCAUUCGUUUGUUCUACACAUCCAACAUGCCCAUCAUGCUUCAAUCCGCUCUGUGCUCCAAUGUCUUCCUGGUGAGCCAGAUGCUCUACUCCCGUUUCUCUGACAACCUCUUGGUUCGUCUUUUGGGAGUCUGGGAGCCUCGUGAGGGAUCUGCUCAGCUCUAUGCUGCCUCUGGUAUUGCCUACUAUAUGUCUCCUCCUCUCAACUUUAAGGAGGCUCUCUUGGACCCUGUCCACACUGCCAUCUAUGUGACUUUCAUGCUUGUUGCUUGCGCUCUCUUCUCCAAGACAUGGAUUGAGGUUUCUGGCUCCGCUCCCCGUGAUGUUGCCAAGCAGCUCAAGGACCAGGGUCUAGUCAUGGCUGGCCACCGCGAACAGAGCAUGUACAAGGAGCUCAAGCGUGUUAUCCCUACUGCUGCUGCUUUUGGUGGUGCUUGCAUUGGUGCGUUGUCUGUGGCGUCCGAUCUCCUUGGAGCCUUGGGUAGCGGUACCGGAAUCUUGCUUGCUGUCACUAUCAUCUAUGGCUACUUCGAAAUCGCUGCCCGAGAAAGUGACUUCGGCGCAGGCCUCCGAGGUCUUGUCCCUGGCAACUAA